AAGAGAGCAUUCGUAAUAACUUUAUGGUGUUUUUAUAAAAUAAUAAUAAGACACAGUAAGAAGUAAAGAAAUGUUUAAGAUGUUACAGCCAUAAAAUCGUGUAAGACCAGAUUUUACAGACAAUGUGGGCAACGGUUAGAGACUCAUCAAAAGGGUUUCUUAAUCGUGUCACAGGGGCAGGGACAGACGCAUAUGGCAAAGUAAACGAGUUCUUCUUCGGAGUUAAUGUAGGUGAUGAGGUAGAAUUACAAUCUGUCAGGUCCUUCAAAUCAACUCGAUCGCCUGGAUCUAUUCGUAAGGUUGUCAUUCCGGAGCAAUUCGAAAACACGCAGUAUUCUGAGUAUGAAGGAAUUGAUACAUCAAGGAAUUUGGUUGUAAGUUCAAGUACCUUAUUCCGAAAAGGGCCAGUACCUAUAGAGUUUCUUUCAAAUAAGGAGCAAAAUCGUCUUUCAAGGCGAGGCUGUUUAAAAGAAUGGGACGAUUUACAUCAGUCCACUUCUGACAAUCAGUUAGGGUUUGAAGAUCCAAGCAGCAAGAGUUUAUUGUCAUACUUUGCCAGGCUUGGUACUGGAGAGGACGACAAAGACGCAGUUAAUCUUGCAUUUGUUGAUUCUCUUUUAAAAGUAGGAGCUACCUUUAACUAUCCAGAUGUGUAUGGCCAAAGUAUAUUUUUUGCUGUGGUCAGAGAUUGGCACAUAGAUGUGGCGUAUUUUGCAAUUCAGAGAGGAGCAGACGUCAAUCAUAGAGAUAAAUUUGGUAGGACUCCUCUUCAUUUAGCUGCAGCAGCUAAUUACCCGGAAAUGGUAGAAUUCCUGCUCGAAAAUAAUGCAAUUAUCAACUCGAAGACCAACGGAGAAGAACAAACUCCCCUUCACUAUGCUGCUCGGUAUGAUUCAGUAGAAGCGAUGAAAGUACUGAUACAAGCUGGUGCUAUGAUUGAUGAGGUUGAUUUUAUUCAAAGAACUCCGUUACAGGUUGCAGCAGAAAUAGGUGCCCGUGAAUCAGUCAAGUUUUUGUUAAAACUUGGUGCUCCUGCCGGUGUUUACGAUAUCUUCGGAAACUCAGCCGUGUUCUUGAUGGUCGAAAAAAUGCCGCAACUUGCUUACGAGGGACUAAAUCAAUUUUUUGUGGAAGACAAUGCGAUGCGUAGACGAUACUAUUACCUGGAUCACUUGGAAUUUGAUGUAAAAGCUAGAGGCGGUCAAAAAGAUUCGAGAAGUGUACUGCAGGCGAUCGUGAUGUACAAUGAAUUAGAUUUGAUCAUGCAUCCUGCCAUACAAAAACUUUUAGAUGUCAAAUGGAGCCUUUUUGGCAAAACACAAGCCAUCAUCAACAACUUCUGGAAUAUAUUCUACGCUGUUCUGGCGACAGUUCUCACAUACACACUCCCUUUCUCAGCAUAUGAUCGUCAAUUCACACCUGUGAAGGAUAAAGCAUGGAAAAUUGUCCUUGCUGUCAUUUUCUUCAUUUUGACAUUUUAUUUCUGGAUAAAGCAAAUUCUAUUCGUGCGACGAUCUUCUCAAAGGGACAAUGCGUACAAAGAACAGAGGUUGCUUUGUGUUCGUAAGCAAAAACCUUACUGUCAUCCCAGAUGGGAAGAAGAACGUGAAUAUUACAACGAAGAAGUGCAGCGCAUACAGCAUUACAAAUCUGCUUUUUGGCAAGACUCCUGGAAUAUAUUCGAAUGGGUUUCUUUGGUAUUCGUAUUGAUCAUGUUUGCUUUGCAUAUUGUUAAUGUUAUCGAACCGAACAGAGAUACUUUUAAAGCAGCAAAACUUAUAUCGGCGAUAUCUUUGUUGUUGGUGUGGUUUCGGUUAUACAAAACUUUGCGAGUAAUAGGAAUGUUUUCGGAACUAACCGUGUUAUUAGGUCAUGUGAUAUCAGAGACUUGUAAGUUCCUGUUACUUUAUAUGGUCUUCUACAUCCCAUAUGUCUUCCUCUUCUAUAUGUUGUUUGGUGGCUCAAAUGAAGACGCGGACGUCACUAAAUUCAAAGAAGACCAUGCAUUAGAAUCACUAUCGGAUGUGGCUUACUACGUAUGGAUAUUAGCUGUGAAAGGGAAAUAUCCUAAAGAUCCUUUAAAUUCUGUGAAUCACCACGUUGGGCAAGUUGUAGUUGGGUCAUAUUUUGCUAUGGUAGCUGUAUUGUUGUUGUACAUCUACAUCGGUCGUAUCUCUGAGGUAUUUUGCAGAUUGCAUAAAAAUGCUAACGCGAAUGCGAAUUUAUUAAUUGCUUCCUUGGCUAUUAACGAAGAACAAGAGCUGUCCAUUUCCAAAACAAAACAGUUAAGAAAGUAUAUGAGAAACAGCUGCGGCCCAAUGGUCGUUCCAUUUGAUGGAAAUAAGGUGGGCGAUGACGGACAAAAUAUAAAUAUUGGUAUCGAACAUAUCACGACAAAGGUAGAAGAGAUCACCAACUUUCUCGGAAAGGCAGCUUUUUCUAAGGAGGAGAAACAACCAGUUGGUACCGACCAUUUAACAUUGAUUCACACAGAGCUUGAAAAAUUAUCCCAAAGACAAGUUGAACUAGAUGCAGAAGUAGAAGCAACGAAAACCAAAAUAGGAGCUUCACAGAAGAGAACAAUUGAUAUGAUUAAAGAAUCUAUCGAAAGUCGAACAAACAAAGGUGUUAGAAGAAGACCGAGAAGACCUUUGCAGCCAAAGAGUGGUUACACUACAGAAUAAAACACGCGUGUUUUAUUGUUGUAAUAUAUUGUACAAAUCAAAAAUAGAAGCAUUACGCGAAUUAGUUUUGCAAGACAAACAACUAUUCUUACUUCAUAAAAAGCAUUUUUCUCUUUUUAGACAAAAACCUUACAUUAAACCUCAAUUUCUAAACAGGCGGAGUUUGAUGUUUAUGAAAUGUAAAAAUUUUAAAAUGGUUUAAAAAGCUUAAUAAAAGAUUUAUUUUUGUAUUUUAACCUUUUCCUUAUAAAAUAUUUCAUUCUAA